AUGAUACUUCACCAUUACGAAAGAGACCUUAUUACCUACUAUCCGUACUAUAUUCACAAAAAACUUCUUCAAAUAGUUCCUCCUAUUUUGAUUAUAAUCGGAACCUCUGGGAAUUUACUAUCAUUUCUAGUCCUAAGGAAGCACACCGUUCAGAUUCCAUUGUACCUUUACCUGUGUGUGUUAUCAAUCCUGGAUUUGUUAAUUCUGUAUGUAGGGUUACUAAGAUUGUGGGUGGGGCAGAUAUGGGCUGUGGAUCCACGAAAUGGCUCUCGAUUGAUGUGUAAGCUUGUGGUGUUUAUUGGUUAUGUUUGCAGUGAUGCCUCAGUCUGGACAAUCGUUACAAUUACAGCUGAACGUUUCUUUGCUGUUUGCAGACCAUUACCUACAAAAUCAGUACUUAGCUGUACACGAUUAACCAAAGUCUGGGUAUUCGCGCCAAUUGUUCUGUUUUCGAUCAUUAACUCACAUUUUUUCUUCACCGUGGAUUUACGGAGUGUUCAAAACGUAAGUUUAUGUUACACUGUAGACCAGUUUGACAUUUUGGUCAACAAAACGUGGCCAUGGGUAGAUGCUGCUCUUUAUUCGUUCAUACCAACCCUAAUUAUAGUAUUUCUUAACACAAAGAUAGUUCAGAAAUUUUUAAAAGCAAAGAAGAAAAGAAAAUUCUUGAGAACGCAUGACUACCUGAAAAAUGACAACGUUCGCAGAAGAAGGGAUUCUGUUGGCAGUCGAAAAUUUACGGUUAUGUUAUUGAUGGUGUCUAUGACCUUUCUGGUGACGACCCUUCCAAAUAAUGUAGCCCUUAUAGUGACCGCUUUCUGGAACGAUUAUGGAGAAAGUGCCGAAAAUGUGGUCAUCUUCACAUUAAUUAAAACUGUUACUGAAUUACUGAUGUACACAAACCAUGCAAUUAACUUCUUUUUGUACUGUGCUUCAGGGAAGAAAUUCAGAAGGCAUUUGAUAGGAUUAUGUACAAAGUCUGAGAUAAGCAGGCGCUUUGACAGCGAGAGGACUCCUCUUAACACGAUUGGAAGUGUCAGGGAUACUAGAAUUAAUACUACAGAACUAAAAGAGACAGUUAAUUAA